CCUUAGUUUUUAGAUGGAGAUUAAAUAUACUUGGGGGGUAGAUUCGUGAAAGCGCUUCGGGAGCGGGCGAGCAGGAGCCGGGGUCGGUCCGCUCGCCGCCUCCAUCUUAGUCGCUGAGAGAGGAUCGAACAACAUGGCUCUCGUCUCCGCACGUCUUGCCUCUUCUUUGGCUCGCCACCUUCCCAGGGCGACUCCCCAGGUCGCAAAGGUCCUCCCAGCUGCGGCCAUUGUGUCCCGCAAGUUCUCCACCAGCAAUGUGGUGUCCUCGGCUGAAGUGUCUACCAUCCUUGAGGAGCGCAUCCUGGGUGCUGCUCCCAAGUCCAACCUGGAAGAGACAGGACGUGUGCUGAGCAUUGGUGACGGUAUUGCCCGUGUCUAUGGCUUGAAGAACAUCCAGGCUGAGGAGAUGGUGGAGUUCUCCUCUGGACUGAAGGGUAUGGCCCUCAACUUGGAGCCUGAUAAUGUUGGUGUUGUCGUGUUCGGUAACGACAAGCUUAUCCGUGAGGGUGAUAUCGUGAAGCGUACUGGUGCCAUUGUGGACGUGCCUGUUGGUGAGGCCAUCCUGGGCCGUGUUGUGGAUGCUCUGGGUAACCCCAUUGACGGCAAGGGUCCCAUCACUGGUGGCCUGAGGGCUCGUGUGGGUGUGAAGGCCCCUGGUAUCAUCCCUCGUAUCUCUGUGAGGGAGCCCAUGCAGACUGGCAUCAAGGCUGUCGACUCUCUUGUCCCUAUUGGUCGUGGCCAGCGAGAGUUGAUCAUUGGUGAUCGUCAGACCGGCAAGACUGCCAUUGCCAUCGACACCAUCAUCAACCAGAAGCGAUUCAACGAUGCUGCUGAGGAGAAGAAGAAACUGUACUGUAUCUAUGUUGCUAUUGGCCAGAAGAGGUCCACUGUGGCCCAGAUUGUGAAGAGGCUCACUGAUGCUGAUGCCAUGAAGUACACCAUUGUGGUGUCUGCCACUGCCUCUGAUGCUGCUCCCCUGCAGUAUCUGGCCCCCUACUCUGGCUGUGCCAUGGGAGAAUUCUUCCGUGACAAUGGCAAGCACGCCUUGAUCAUCUAUGACGAUCUGUCUAAGCAGGCCGUGGCCUACCGUCAGAUGUCCCUGCUGCUGCGUCGUCCUCCCGGUCGUGAGGCCUACCCUGGUGAUGUGUUCUACCUUCACUCCCGUCUCCUUGAGCGUGCUGCCAAGAUGAACGACACCAAUGGAGGUGGCUCUCUCACUGCCCUGCCCGUCAUUGAGACCCAGGCUGGUGAUGUGUCUGCCUACAUUCCCACUAACGUGAUUUCCAUCACUGAUGGACAGAUCUUCUUGGAGACUGAGCUUUUCUACAAGGGUAUUCGUCCUGCCAUCAACGUCGGUCUGUCUGUAUCCCGUGUAGGAUCAGCUGCCCAGACCAAGGCCAUGAAGCAGGUUGCAGGUUCCAUGAAGCUGGAAUUGGCCCAGUACCGUGAGGUCGCUGCCUUUGCCCAGUUCGGUUCUGACUUGGAUGCCUCCACCCAACAGCUCCUUAAUCGUGGUGUUCGUCUUACUGAGCUCCUGAAGCAGGGACAGUAUGUGCCCAUGGCCAUUGAGGAACAGGUUGCUGUCAUCUACUGUGGUGUGCGUGGCCACUUGGACAAGAUGGACCCCUCCAAGAUCACCAAGUUCGAGCAGGAGUUCAUGGCCAUGCUGAAGACCAGCCACCAGGGACUCCUUGAUAACAUUGCCAAGGAGGGACACAUCACCCCAGAGAGCGAUGCCAAGCUGAAGCAGAUCGUCACAGACUUCCUGGCCACCUUCCAGGCCUAAACAAGACGAUGUUCUUCCUUUGGAAGACAGGCUAGGGAACCAACCAACCAACCAGUGGGCUAGGGUAGAUUGCGAAUGGGGGUGCUGUUGGAGGCCCUUGGGACGGGGGUAGUCAAGCUAUGACCCUAGCACGUUAUGUUACAAGAGCAAAAUUAAGUUGUCUUUUUGAAAUGCACAUGAUUGCUUGGUUUGCUCCUGCCCCAAGGGACUUUAACGUGAGAAAAUGAUGUAUAUAUGUUACAGCCAAUGUCAACAUUUUUUUUUUUUUUUGAGAACACAUCCUGCAGC